AUGUUUGGAUAUCAAAAAAGGAGUAGCCUUUGUUUGGUAAGAGGUUGUUUUUAUUCCUUAGUCCAAGGGAAUGAAAAGUUUGAAAAUUUGAAAAAGCUUUCUUAUAAUUUUUAUAAGAAAAGUAAAUUUAUGAAUGAGAAUAAUUAUGAAGAUGUUAUAAAUAUAAAUAAAAAGAUUAAUUUAUUAUAUAAGAAUGAAAGAGUAUAUAAUAAUCAGAGUUAUAUUUUAAUAUUGAAAGGGUUUAUGAAUAUAUUAUAUCAAACAAAAGAAAAAAGUAAAAGAAAUAUGAUAAAGAAUAUUAUGAAUUCUUUUGUAUUAUUUUUUAAAGAUUAUAUAUAUUAUAUGAAUGAACAAGAUAUAACUUUAUUAUUAGAUAUACAAGGUAAAUGUGAUAUUAAAAAUAUAUCAUUACAUAAAUUAAUAAUUGAUAAGUUAGGAAAAAAAAUGAAAAAAGAAAAUGUAGAAUGUUUAUUUUAUAAAUUGAAUCCUACAAGUGUUUGUAUUAUUUUAAAUAAUUUAUAUAAAGUUAAUAUAUUGUCAAAAGAAAAAGAACUUAUAGAUGAUAUAUAUGAUUAUUAUAUUCUUAAUAAAUAUUCAAAUUAUACUAUAAAACAGUUAAUUAUUUUAUUACAUUCUUUAAAUAAAUAUUCAUAUCCUAAGGAAAAAAUUAUUCAUUUGUUAAAUUAUAUAUCUACACAUAUAUGUAAUGCUUAUCAAAUAAAGGAUGAAAAUAAAAAUAUUAGUAGAUAUAUAUGUAGUCAUAUAGAAGGUUCCAAUUUAUUAAAUAAAAAUGAUUAUACAAAAGACAAAAGAAAUAAUAAUUUAAAAAAUAUCAUAAAGAAUGAAACACAUUAUAUGAAGACACAACCAUAUAUUAUAUGUCCCAAGAAUAUGAAGAACAAAUUAUAUAAUGCGAUUAUAUCAUCAAAUAAAAAAAUAGCCUCUACAGAUAAUAAAAGAAAAAAAAAUAUAUCACAAGAUAAAUCUAAUCAUAAUAAUAAUAAUAAUAAUAGUAAUAAUAGUAAUAAUAGUAAUAAUUGUAAUAAUAGUAAUAAUAAUCAUAGUAACAAUAAUAAUAAAUUUUUUAAUGAUAAUAAAAAGAAUAAUGGUGAUAUAUUAUUUGAUAAAAAAGAUAAAUAUGAAGUUAUCCUGUUUUAUACCAUGAGUUGCUAUAAUUAUUGUAAUAAUUAUAUUAUAAAAAUUAUCUUAGAAGAAAUAAAGAAUAAAAUUACUUGUACAUAUAAUGAAAAAGAAAUAUGUAUGUUUCUCACGGGUGUCUGUAAUUAUAUAGCUGUGAAGAAAAUACAAAGAUUUGAAAAACAUUGUAUGAACGAAGAGGAAUCUAUAAAUUCAAUUAAUAAACAAAUAUGUUUCUAUUAUAUUCAUAAUAUAAUUUUAAAAAAUAAUAAUCAUCUUAUUAGAAAUUAUUCGAAAUUUAGUAUUAUUUCACUUUAUAUUCUUUUAUCAAAAUUAGAUUAUUUUCAUUAUUAUGGUAGAAAUACAGAAUCUUGGUUUUUAAAUAAAUUAUUUUUUAAUUAUAAUCAACAAUAUGAUGAUAUAAUAAGAAAAAUGAAUGAUAAAAGAAAAAAGAAUUUUUUUUUUUUAUAUCAUUUCAUAAAAAAAAAAGAAAAUAUAACUAUUAAAAAUAUAAUAAACCUUUUAUUUUCUUUAAUAUUAAAUGGACAUAUGAACCAUUCCUUUUAUAAUAUAUUAUUACAACAAAUGAAUUUUUUAAUAUAUGAUCAUUUAUAUAAUAAUAUAAAUAAAGAAAAAGAAAAAGAAAAUUAUAAUUAUAUUUUACAAGAUAAAAAACAAUUAUAUUAUAAUCAAAUUCAUAAAGAAUAUUACAAAGAUGAUCAUCAUAUAUUUAAAAAAAUUAUACAAAUCGUAUCUUUGGAAAAUAUUCAAAUUCUUUGUAUUGUUUAUACAUAUUUAUAUAUUUAUAAUAUUUUACAUAAACUAAAUAAAAACAAUCUAUCCCUUUUUUUAUUAUUUAUACAAAAUUGUAAUUAUGUAAAUUCAUUCUAUAUAUCUCAACACACUACUUCAAAAAUACAUAAAGAAAUUAACGACACUAUUUUUUCAGUAAAUACAAAAAUACACAAUCAAAAAAAAAAGCAUUCUUUACAAACAAAUGAAUGUUUUGUUUUUCCCUAUUAUAUUGAUAUAUGUUUAAUUCAAAUUAAAUUAUAA